AUGGAAUUCCUCUCUGCCAUGAGUGUAGGAAGUGUGAAUUCUGGAAAGGAAAUUCUUCUAAGUGCUGUUCUACCAUUGUUGAAACUCCUCUCUCUCACUGUCAUUGGUCUGAUUCUUGCCCACCCCAAAACCCAAAUUGUCCCGAGAGCCACUUUUAAGCUUCUUAGCAAGCUUGUUUUUGCUCUCUUCUUGCCUUGUACGAUCUUCAUUCACCUCGGUGAAUCCAUUACUCUACAAAAUUUCAUCGAUUGGUGGUUCAUACCCGUAAAUGUGAUCCUCAGUACUGCUAUUGGUUGUGUGUUGGGGUUCUUGGUCGCAAUAAUAUGCCGACCACCUCCUGAAUUCAUCAGAUUCACUGUAAUUGUGACGGCCUUUAGUAACACUGGCAGUCUGCCCCUAGCUAUUGUUGGGUCCGUGUGCCAUAGCACAGAUAAUCCUUUUGGUCCAGAAUGCCAUAGGACUGGUAUUGCUUAUGUUUCUUUUGCCCAAUGGGUUGCUGUUCUUCUUGUUUAUACCCUUGUUUAUCACAUGAUGGAGCCCCCGUUAGAGUAUUACGAGGUGGUUGAGGAGGAAGGUUUUGAGAUUCAGGAACAAUUAUCGGUAGACAAUCUCAGUAGGCCACUUCUUGUGGAAGCUGAAUGGCCUGGAAUGGAAGAUAAAGAAACUGAGCAUUGCAAGACGCCAAUUAUUGCAAGGGUCUUUACUAGUGUCUCUAGCAUUUCACAAAGUUCUGUACCUGACCCUGAUUCACUGGAAGAGGGAGGUCCAAGGAGUCCCAAAUCUAUUAGGUGCUUGGCAGAGCCCAGGAUGGUUAGAAGGAUACGAAUUGUUGCUGAGAAAACGCCUAUCCUUCAUAUCCUUCAGCCUCCCACAUUUGCUACCCUGUUGGCCAUCAUUAUUGGAAUAGUCCCUUUCCUCAAAAGGGUUGUUUAUGGCGAUGAUGCACCACUUUCAUUUAUCACCGAUAGUUUAGACAUUGUGGCUGGAGCAAUGGUGCCUUCAGUAAUGCUAAUUCUUGGAGGAAUGCUUGCUGAGGGUCCCAAUGAAUCUAGACUAGGGCUUCGAACUACAAUUGGCAUCAUCAUUGCAAGACUUCUGAUACUUCCUUUGAUUGGAAUAGGGGUGGUUUGUUUGGCUGAUAGACUGAACUUUUUGAUCCAUGGGGAUCAAAUGUAUCGGUUCGUGCUUUUGUUGCAAUACACAACACCAAGCGCCAUAUUGUUGGGAGCAGUUGCUAGCUUGAGAGGUUAUGCAGUUAGCGAAGCAUCAGCACUCCUCUUCUGGCAGCAUGUGUUUGCUGUGUGCUCCCUUUCAGUGCCACUUCUUGUGGAAGCUGAAUGGCCUGGAAUGGAAGAUAAAGAAACUGAGCAUUGCAAGACGCCAAUUAUUGCAAGGGUCUUUACUAGUGUCUCUAGCAUUUCACAAAGUUCUGUACCUGACCCUGAUUCACUGGAAGAGGGAGGUCCAAGGAGUCCCAAAUCUAUUAGGUGCUUGGCAGAGCCCAGGAUGGUUAGAAGGAUACGAAUUGUUGCUGAGAAAACGCCUAUCCUUCAUAUCCUUCAGCCUCCCACAUUUGCUACCCUGUUGGCCAUCAUUAUUGGAAUAGUCCCUUUCCUCAAAAGGGUUGUUUAUGGCGAUGAUGCACCACUUUCAUUUAUCACCGAUAGUUUAGACAUUGUGGCUGGAGCAAUGGUGCCUUCAGUAAUGCUAAUUCUUGGAGGAAUGCUUGCUGAGGGUCCCAAUGAAUCUAGACUAGGGCUUCGAACUACAAUUGGCAUCAUCAUUGCAAGACUUCUGAUACUUCCUUUGAUUGGAAUAGGGGUGGUUUGUUUGGCUGAUAGACUGAACUUUUUGAUCCAUGGGGAUCAAAUGUAUCGGUUCGUGCUUUUGUUGCAAUACACAACACCAAGCGCCAUAUUGUUGGGAGCAGUUGCUAGCUUGAGAGGUUAUGCAGUUAGCGAAGCAUCAGCACUCCUCUUCUGGCAGCAUGUGUUUGCUGUGUGCUCCCUUUCAGUGUAUAUCAUUAUCUACUUCAAACUGCUGCUUUCUUAUGUCUAAGGUUUGUUUUAAACCUUUCUGCUUUUAAAUUUGCCAGUGUAAGCUUGCCAUUCGAUAGUCAUGUUACAGAAGAUUUCAGAUGGCAUGCCUCCUGACUCCUGUUGCACUGCUGCAUUGUUGUAAUAGUUGAUAUGUGAACUGUGUUUUUUUUUUUUAUCAAAAGUGAACUGUGUGUUCAAU